AUGGCUCGGGAAAAGGUGCGGGUAGUUGCUAGCGGGGACAGUAAUUACUCUUUUGGGGAAAUUGUUGACCGUCAACAAGCCGAGGCGGCUAGUAAAUCUCUCACGGAAGCUGGAAAAACUCCUCCCCAAUUGCAUAAAGUUUCUCAGGAUAAAUGCAAACAAGCCGAGGCUGCUCGUGAACUAAUUUCUCGCGUGCAAUAUUUAGCUGAACACUUUGCUCGUAUUUAUUCUUCCAAUAAGACAGGAAUUAAUUAUAAAGUUUUAGAAGCGGUAGGCAUCAUUUCGUUAGAAAAGGCUAUUGAAAUUCAACUAAUCAACCAGAGCCCUCUUGCCGCUAAAAAAAAAAACGUUGUCUACUACGACGAUUAUCGCCAACAAGAUGAGGAUAACAAAUCUUACGCUUUGAUUGAUCGCUUGACAGAUGAUGAAUCAACUGGCCAAGAAUAUACUAUCGCAGAAUUGGCUAGAUUAACUAACAAACCCGAAAGUUUAGUCAACAAACUAAAAAAAAAUGCUUUCCGACACUUACAAGAAGAAAUUAAAAAAGAGAAAAAUGAAAAAUCUUUUCACUCGGUUUUUUCUACUAUGUCUAAAUAUUUUCAAAAAAACGAGACCUACGAGGGUUUAUUUGACAAAUAUCCUAAUAUAGACAACGAAAUAGUUAUUAAGUAUUUGGAGAGGAUAUAUCAACAAUACAAAGAGCAUGAGUCCAAAAGAAGAGUGAUGAGUUUUUAUGAAAAAUCCAAAGAUAAAGCAUGGAGAAUAACUAGAAGAUCGUUGGGUGAUAGUUUCACCAAUGCCGUCAAACAAAACCAACUUAAAGCAAUGUUGGGCGAGUUGUUGCAAAUAGUUCAAUUUUUUGGUGAUAACGAUUUUGAGGAAGCUGUCGGGGAGUUGGAUAACUGCCACGAAGUUAAACCAGAAUACAUGAAAGAGAGAAUAGGCAAGUUGCUUGAAUCCCGCUUAUUCGGCGUGCUAGCCAAAGCUAAAUAUUGGGGAGCCACUAAUAUUUUUCAAAUUUUACUAUUUGAUCCUAAUCAUAAUGUUUACCGGCCCAGCAGCAAAGAACUUUUCCCAAUUAUUAAGAAUUCCGUUUGCCUUUUCAGUGAAGAGGACGAAUGUGAAGAAGUUUGGGAACGCAAGAAAGUUGCUAAAAA